UGGGCACUGUAUAUCAGCACAACACACGCGCUGAUGGGUUUGUCUCCCAAACAUUCCAGCGACCGAAGCCUGGGGCAAUAUUCUAAAAGAACAAAAUAGGCGUCAUUUGGAUGCCAAAUUUUCCAAAAUUACGAAUCGGGCUUGAGGUGGAAACGAUGCCCGAGCAGCGGGCGGAGUGCCCCCUGAAGUCCUACCCACGGAGAUGCCACCAAGGCGCGCAGCUCCGGCCUCCCGCAGACGCACGCUGCGCACAUGGCUGUGGGCAACGUGUCACGGAACGGCCCGGCCUCGUGUGUCAUUCUGAGGCUGCGGCUGUCACCGGCCACGACUGUCCCGCCUGGGUUACUGCGGGUGAGGGCGCGGGACACACCUUGCGGGCCCCAGCACGGGCCCAGCACAGCUCAGCACGGCCCAGCGCGGCCCAUCCCGGCUCGGCAACGCGGGGCGUGUCGGCGGGCGGUGCGUUCCGGCCCCGCGGAGAGCGGAUUGGGCGCGGGCGGGCGGGGGGCGGCGGGAGCGAGGGCUGCGGCGGGUCCGGGAACCGCUGCCAGAGAAAGUUUGGGGAGGGAGGGGUGCAUUUUUUCCCCGGCGCGAGAAAGGGGGUUUGUUUUGUUUUCUUUGCGCCGCUGCUCUCCCGCGCUGGCCGCUCGCUCUCUGCCUCUCGCCGCGAGUUUUGGGGACUUCUUCCUUUUUUCUUUUCUUUUUUUUCUUUUUUUUUUUUUUCCCUCCCUUUAAGUUUUUUUUUCCCCUAUUUUACUUUAUUUUUCCCUGCCCCUCCGGCAAGCGCUGCCCCGUAGCCGCCCCCGCCAUCCUUCCCCAUGCCCGCGGGCCGGCGGGCAGCCCCGCGCCGCGCUCCCGGCAGCUGAGCCGCUCCCCGGGCACGCAGCCCGGCCGCCGCCGGCAGGAUGUACACGGCCGGCCUGGCCCCCUUCUACGCCUCCAACUUCAGCCUCUGGUCAGCGGCGUAUUGCUCGGCGGCGGGGCCGGCGGCCGGAGGCUGCUUCCCGCUGGAGGCGGCCAAGAAGCCGUCCUUCUGCAUCGCCGACAUCCUGCACGCCGGCGGAGAAGCGGCGGCCGGACCCGCCGACGCAGCGCCCGGGCUGCCAGCGGCCGCCGCAGCCGCGCUCGGUUCCAUCCUUCCCGGCGGCCCCUUCCACGCCGCCGCCUCCCCGCUGCGGCCGACGCCCGUCGUGGCCCCCGACGCCCCCUCCGGAGCCGCCGCCGCCGCCGCCGCGUUCCCUCCUCGCCUCUCGCCGCUCUCCGCCGCCUUCCACCCCCCGCACCACCACCGCGCCCCGCAGCACCGCAACCCCGCGGCGGCGGCGGCGGCGGCCGCACCGGGCGGAGGAGGGGGAACCCCGGCGCGGGGACCCGGGGGCCACACGGGCGGCUCGGCGCCGGCGCCCGCCAGCAAGGACCUGAAAUUCGGCAUCGACCGCAUUUUGUCGGCGGAGUUUGACCCCAAAGUGAAGGAAGGCAACACGCUGAGAGAUCUCACCUCGCUAUUAAGUACCAGCCGCCAGGCCGGGGUUCACCUCCCCGCCUUGCAGCCGUCCGCCGGCCAGUUCUUCGCGUCUCUAGAGCCCAUUAACGAGGCCUCUGCCCUUCUGGGGCCCCUAAACACGGCCCCAAGGAGCUCAGUUCAGCACCAGUUUCAGGACACUUUUCCAGGGCCGUACGCGGUGCUGACCAAGGACACGCUGCCUCAGACCUACAAGAGAAAGCGCUCGUGGUCCAGGGCCGUUUUUUCCAACCUGCAGAGGAAAGGGUUGGAGAAGCGCUUCGAAAUACAGAAGUACGUCACCAAGCCGGACCGCAAGCAGCUGGCCGCGAUGUUGGGGCUCACGGACGCCCAGGUAUGGGGUGAGGGCUCCCUGCUGCGCUUGAGGGGGGGGAUAUCGAGGGCGGGGAGGGAACCGGAGACCGUUUUCCCUUCGCUUCUCCUUUGCGGCCCCGCACGUUUUUCCGAGCCGAGCACCGGGGAGGCACUUAGCUCCGAGGAAGAGUAGUACCUUUAAUGCCCCUUCCCCGUUUUUUCUUUUUUAUUUCCCCUCUAAAUCUCUUCCUCCCCGCGUUGUGAAAUCCCUGAGCGAAGGGAAGCGAAAGCUCUGCCUCAAACGGAGCCAUUAAGUGCCGCUCAGCGAUGAUUCCGCUGUUGAGGGCCCGCGGAGUUGUAUAACUCUGUGGUUUGUUGAGCAAGGGCCUGAGUUUCCAGGAAGAAGGAGGAGAAGGAGAGGAAAAGAACAAAAACAAAAACACCAAUAACAAAAACCCACAACAAAACACAAAGCAAACAAACAAACGAAACAAAAGGAAAACUCUGAAAAAAAAAAAUAGUAAUCCAAACCCGGGAGUGGUUAUUAAAACACGCAAAUAGUAAUGAAAAAGAAAGCCAUAAAUAAUAAGAAAAUCACCCUCGUGGUGUAAAGGUGGAGGCAGAGGAGGAUGAGGAUGGCAUGGGGAUAGGGAUGGGGAUGGGGAUGGGGAUGGGGAUGGGGAUGAGGAUGGGGAUGGGGAUGAGGAAGAUGAGGGCGGCCCGCCAUGCCUCCCCGCGCUGCCCCACUCCCGCGGCGCUGCGCGGUUUCUGCGCGGGUAUUGCGCGGUCCCGUGAGCC